AGAAAUACCUUAGAGAACUCGUUUAUCUUCAACUGUGACACGUAACUUUUCUGCAGUUGUUCGUUGUGAUUUUUUUCACGCACUACAUCAAAUACUAACUUGUCGAUUGUUAUUCAGCACAAGCAAGAACUUAUUCCCGAAAAAGUGACAUGGUCUCAGACGGUGCGCGUAUUGCCAGCCGGCACAGGCAAGGCAGCUCAGUGGCUGCAUUGCUCAGUCAUGAGCCUCCGAAGCCAUUGCGGGACCACCAGCGCGCUAACAUCACCCAUCUGAGAGCGAAGCAAAGGCAGAUGCACGAGAAUAGAAUACGGAAGGUAACAAUGUUCAGUAGGCAGCUCACGAAAGGGGACCGUGUUCAAAAGUAAUCGUUUGUAUUUCUCAGUGUUUCUGUUGGAGGUCUAGUGCUACUGAAUCUUAUUAAGAGAAAUCGUUGUAGUAAUUUUCCUUCCUUUUUUUUCUAGGAGCUCGACGACGAGAAAGAUAUGAACUGGAAGAGCCAGCAGUGGCAGGGAGUUCGGUCUCGACUCCAUGAAAACAAAGAAAACGCAUCGCAGGGAAAGCAUCUCGCUGAGAAGCAAGACGUUCAACUACUACAUUUUUGAAUCCGGCCAAAAUAUGAUUUAUUGAAUCAGUCGCAAAAGCAAGAGCUGAUGUGUGAUCAUGAAUUCACGAUCGGCUUCGGCACUUGUGCAACGGGACACGCAUCGGUCUUUCUCUGUUCCUAUAAUUACAGACGAUUUAUAUACUGCUUUGUUCCUUAACUUCAAUCAGGUAGAGAAACGCGUGAACUAUUUGAAGAGGCAGACUGGCAACUCGAUGGCCCACCAGGCCGAAAGAGGAGCCCUAGCAGAGAAACCAGUGAUCGAGAGCGAUCAAUACUAUGCCGACCUCCCUGAGACAAGAGAAGCCGUGCCAAGACGUGGAGAAAUCAGGAAACGAAUCGCAGAUGAUGCGCUAAGCAAUGCACUGCAGAGUACUCCUUUCAUUACUACAUCGAACUCAUUGCACCUCAGGAGAAGUCUCACCUUCUACUUGGGCAAGAUCCCAAAUCAAUGUCAAGGUCAACUACAAAAACCUUCAUCAAGAACACGAAUUUUCAAGUUUAUUUUCUUUAUCAAUACUUAUUCAAAAUACAGGGAAUUUCAUCAAGGAGAAUCGAAAUGGCGUUUUUUCUGCAGACAUGGAUGCACAGACUUUCAUAAAGGAAGCUGAGAGGCUAAAGAAAUUGCAUGGCGCGAAAGAGGUGAGAAAAGACUCGGUCACAAAUGUGCCCGAGUACCUUACAAAAAUCAAGACCGAACUAGCACAGAAGAAGCGGGAUCAGCUAGCACAGUUAGCUGCACUGCAAGACACCGUGCCCGAAGGAUACAAGGUAAGAAAAUAUUUCGAAAUUGAUACCUGCUUGUCCUUGAAACAGCACAUAAUCAUAACCUUGCAAGGAUAUGUUACAGAUCGAGAAAGAUGAUACUGCUGUGCUGCAGACCGUGGAAUACAAAUGCAACAUGUUGCCUUUCUUACCCCUAUACGCACCAGGUCUUAUCCGAGCAAGAGCGCACAGAAACCCUUACAGCGUUACGAGCGAAGCAAUCAGAGCUUGAAACUGCCUUUCAGAAACUCCCACUGCACAUAGAAAGUGAGAACCAGAAAGCGCGGCAAAGGGAGAUUCAAACGAAAAUGCAUGAGAUCGAGGAUGCGGUCAAAAUGUUUCAGCGGCCUCGAGUUCUUGUGAAGAUCGAUUGCUGAACUUCAAAAUUCAGGUUACCCUUUUUCGCAGAGUGAUCGUUUUUUACAGUAGUUGGAAGGCAGAAAGAGAAAGGUUUUUUUCUGAAUAUAUAAGUAAUUGGCUGCACUGAAGUGAAAGCAGAACCUAUGAUCGAUGACGAUGCGUUUGAUGUCAGGCUAAGAGGCAAAGAAAAACAGAGAAAACUGGAGAACUAUUGCUAGGUAGGCAAUACUGGAUGAACCACAACAAAUUUAUUCGUCGUGGUUAUGCUAUGAUUCAAAGUUUUUUCUUGAAAAGUUAUCGCACCACCAUAGCAGAGCUUGCUUAAUCCGAGAUUUCGGGGAAAAACAAUACAAAUUCAUUGAACGAAUCCUGCCAGGCAAGCAAAAUUCUCGUUUGCGAAAUUGACGAGCGAUAUUAUCGAGCAAUCAUCUAAUUUAGCUGGGUGCAGAACUGGCCGUUGCCGGGUUAAAUUCUCGGGUGAGUCAGAGUCUGAGUCAAACGUGAUUCUCAUAAUAUAGUCACCAGCGAGAAACGCCAGGAAAGAAACUGAUGUGAAGACACGCGCUCGGAAUUUUAGAAUCCUCAAUUGAACAGUGUUCUAAGUAACAUAGCAGAUCAGCAAGAAGAAGUACAAAUAUAUUCGAUUCCCUGCUUUUUGGUAGGUGAUCCAUCAGUUUCCUUUCCUGUUGUGUGUUCGUAUCUCAACAGAGAAGCAUGAUCGAAGGACCGCCCUCCCGCUGGUGGACGCAACUAUAUUCUCUAUUUUGUGAUGAAAGUGAAUGCCAUUUUUUUGACGACAACUUCUACAUAAGAAGUGGCUAGUCUCAGACGUGAAUGAAAUUGAGGUCACUCUACGCUUAUAGGCCGACGACGAAGCGCAAACGAACCAAGGUCGCAGACCUUCAAGAAACCAGUAGGAGCAAGCUGGCCCUAGUAUAGAGUAGCUCCACCAAUAUGAUCAUAUACCCGAAGAUACCUUAGUGAUUACUCGCGGGCCGUCUCACUUUAAAAAAGUUCGAUCUCAGUAGUGGCGCCGCCCUCUGUGCCGAGUGUCCACAGCUUGCAGCUUCAGAUCCUAGCUAGCAAGUGGCCACGUCAAAGCUCUAGCCCUUUCCGUGUUCGAUCCUCUAGGGUUUAGCUCUUGUCUCUCGGGGUUCAUCCGAUGAGGUCCAUCAUUGUUCUACUUAUGAGCCGUCGACUAAUAUACCCGCGGGGUUUUGGCUCUAGCUUUUCUGCGGCGAUGGCCGUCGUGCUUCAUCGUCUAGUAUUUUUAGGUGCCUGGCCGUUGUGCUUCAGGAUUCUCGCAGGGUAAUUA